AAAAGGAGGAAGAAGAAGAAGAAGAAGGAGAAGAAGGAGAAGAAGAAGCAGCUGCUGCAGCGAAGAGCAAUCCCUUCUCCUUCUUCUCUCUUCCUCUUCUCCUCCUCGCGCUCCUCCUCCUCGCGCUCCUCCGCAGCGAGCCCCCUGCGAUUUCGGUCCGCGAGCAUUGCGCAUUUCCCGGUGCCUCCCCCGUCUCGAUUCUCGCUUUCCGGGGAAAAAGCCUGAUUUCAGGGAGCGAUGGUGGCCCCGUCGCUUCAGUGCAUGGGCUCGCUGUCGGGCGACGAGCUGGAGGGCAACGGCGGCUCCGGGGUCGUCGCCUCGGGCGCCGGCCGCGGCAAGAGCCCCGCGACGGGGGGCGAGGGCAAGAAGGAGGGGGCCGGCGACCGCGCGAAGGAGAAGGAGAAGGAGAACGAGAAGGGCGAGGCGGAGCCGAAGGGAGAGCCGGAGCGGGAGCGCGAUGAUUCGCCGAGGCCGGGGACGCAGAGGCGGUGCAGCGCGAGGAUCCAGACGAAGCAGAGGGCCGAGAAGGAGCUCCUGGUGCGUCGGAGGGUGGAGCUCCUGGACAACAGCGACGAGGCCCCGGCCGCCGGCAAGAGGCGCAAUGUGGGAGGUAGGAGGAGGUCGGGAGGGGAGAGCGCGAGAGAGGAGGAGGAGGAGGAGGAGGGCCCGAAGGUCGAGGAGACCGCGGCGGAGACCGUCGAGGGUAGGGAGAACGGCGGCGUCGUCGUCGUCGUCGUCGGCGUCGAGGCGGCGAAUGCGGGUUCGGGCGCGGAAAGGGAAAGCCAGGUCGCGGGCGGUGGCGAUAAUGGGGCGAGUAUGGUGGAGAAGAGUGACUUUGCCAAGGUCAAGGAGACUCUUAGGUUGUUCAACAAGCAUUAUCUUCACUUUGUUCAGGAAGAGGAGAAACGAUGUAACAAAGAGAAAGCGGAAAGCUCAAAAGGGUCGCAGAAACCUAAAUCCAAAUCCAAAUCUAAGGAACAACAAAAAGGUUCAAAGCAAUCUAAAUCUAACUCCAAGAAAGGAAAUUCAACAGAAGGAGAAACCAAGAAAUUAGCCAUGAGGCCUGAUUUGAAGGCAAUAUCCAAGAUGAUGGAGACCAAUUGUGUGUUACAUCCUAAGAAAAGGUUCGGUAAUAUUCCGGGUAUUAAUGUUGGCCAUCAGUUCUUUUCACGAGCUGAAAUGGUUGUCGUAGGAUUUCAUAGUCAUUGGUUGAAUGGUAUCGACUAUAUGGGCCAAGCAUAUAGAAAGGAAUACAGUAAUUACACAUUCCCCGUUGCUGUGGCAAUAGUUCUGUCCGGAAUGUACGAGGAUGAUCAGGAUAAUGCUGAUGACGUUGUAUAUACUGGUCAAGGUGGGCACAAUCUUACCGGUGAUAAGCGUCAGAUUCGGGAUCAAGUAUUAGAGCGUGGUAAUUUGGCUCUAAAGAAUUGCGUUGACCAAAAUGUGCCAGUCAGAGUGGUACGUGGUCAUGAAUCUAGAAGCAGCUACUGUGGCAAACUUUAUACAUAUGAUGGACUGUAUAAGGUUGUUAAGUACUGGGCGGAGAAGGGUUUAUCUGGAUAUACUGUCUUCAAAUUUCGGUUAAGGAGGAUGCCAGGGCAGCCCAUGUUGACUACUAAUCAGGUUCAGUUUGUAUACGGUCGCGUUCCUAACUCUGUGUCAGAAAUACGUGGAUUGGUAUGCGAGGAUAUCACAGGGGGCACGGAGGAUAUUCCUAUACCGGCUACAAAUUUAGUGGACGAUCCUCCUGUUCCACCUUCAGGAUUCAAGUAUGUCAAGACUAUUCAAGUUGCAAAGAAUAUAAUUCUUCCCUCAGCUUCCACAGGUUGCAAGUGCCGAGGAGGUUGCAUUGAUCCAAGGAUCUGUUCUUGUGCUAAAUUGAAUGGUUCUGACUUUCCAUAUGUGCGGCGAGACGGUGGCAGAUUAAUAGAAGCUAAGGAUGUUGUUUACGAAUGUGGCCCGAACUGUGGCUGUGGACCUGAUUGUUUGAAUCGGGUGUCUCAGAGAGGCAUAAGAUAUCGUCUCGAGGUGUUCCGAGCCCCACGAAAGGGUUGGGCUGUUAGAUCAUGGGACUUUAUACCUUCCGGAGCACCGGUAUGUGAAUACAUUGGUAUUCUCAAUAGGGCUGAAGACAUGGAAAAUGCCUCUGAGAAUAACUACAUUUUUGAUAUUGAUUGCUUGCAAACCAUGAGGGGUCUUGGUGGAAGGGAGAGGAGGUCACGAGAUGCAUCCUCUGAGACAGUUGAUCAGAUGCACAAGCAUGAUGACCAGAAAUUCGAGGUCCCAGAGUUCUGCAUCGAUGCUGGUUCAGUUGGAAAUAUUGCCAGGUUUAUCAAUCAUAGCUGCGAGCCUAAUUUGUUUGUCCAAUGUGUAUUAAGUUCCCACCAAGACAUUAAGCUGGCUAGGGUGGUGCUAUUUGCAGCUGACAACAUACCACCAUUGCAGGAGCUCACCUAUGACUAUGGCUAUGAGCUUGAUAGUGUUUUUGGCCCUGAUGGAAAGGUGAAAAGAAUGCCAUGCUACUGUGGUGCUGCUGAUUGUAGGAAGCGCUUGUUUUAAGACGCUAAAUGUUUUCAAGCGCUUGUUUUACCUUCAGUGGUCCUUAUGCUCCUUUGGCCACGUGAAAUUUUUUGCCUAAGCUCGUUUAUUCCUGUAAUCUUGUUUCUGCUGUAACGGGGUAGAUACAGUAGGUUAGGUUCUAUAGCCAGAAACGGAAAGGGAAAAGGAAAUAGGUUCUGUUGUGAAAAUCAACGAAGUGCUUGUUGUCUGUCGGUUGUGGAAGUCAUCUCAUGUAGUUAGGAUUUUGUCACUUUCCCGUGUUUCGACACUUCGGGCUUUGAUUGCCCACCAUAUCUGCAAAUGAAAAUUCAGAGGUGAGAGGGGAAGCAACAAGAGUGCAUUUCCCUUGCUAGAAAAAGGACUUUGAUUUUGUAAA